UGUGUAGGAGAGAGAGGGAGAGACAGAGAGAGAUAGCCCUGCGUGCUGCUGGAUGGGAGCCGCUCUCUCUCUCUCUCUCUGCGUCUUCGCUCCUCCGCUCGCCUUCUUCUCUUUGAAUGAAUCGCUGCCUUAAGUUGUGUUCCGCUCGUUUCAAUCAACCAAACUUGUGGAGCCUGUGAUCGUGUGGACUUCCCCGGUGGCGUCGGCUCGGUUCGGUUCGGGGGUGGACUGUACAGAGCACGGGGCUGCAGCAGCAGGAGCUCACCCGCUGUGAAGAUCAGCAGACAUAGAAGGCUGCAUUUCCCUCUGCAAUAAGGUGUAGCCGCAGCCUCCGCCCACAACACCUGCCAGGAUGGUGGUGUUGUCGCUGAAAAUCUGCAUUCGCCACUGCAAUGUUGUGAAAACGAUGCAGUUUGAGCCCUGCACAGCCGUCUACGAUGCCUGCAGGAUCAUCAGAGAGAGAGUCCAAGAGGCUCAGACCGGACAGGCUUCCGACUACGGCCUGUUUCUGUCUGAUGAAGACCCCAGGAAAGGAAUCUGGCUGGAGUCUGGAAGGACACUGGACUACUACAUGCUCCGCAACGGGGAUAUCCUCGAAUAUAAGAAGAAGCAGAGGCCCCAGAAAAUCAAAAUGUUGGACGGGGCCGUUAAAACCAUCAUGGUGGACGAUUCCAAAACAGUGGGAGAGCUGCUUGUGACUAUAUGCAGCAGAAUAGGCAUCACCAACUACGAGGAAUACUCUGUGAUCCAGGAGACGGUGGAGGAGAAGAAGGAGGACGGGAUGGGCACGCUGAAGAAAGACAGGACACUGCUGCGAGACGAAAGGAAGAUGGAGAAGCUGAAAGCCAAACUACACACAGACGACGACUUGAACUGGCUGGACCACAGCAGAACAUUCAGAGAGCAGGGCGUGGACGAGAACGAGACGCUCUUGCUCAGACGCAAGUUCUUCUACUCGGACCAGAAUGUGGACUCCAGGGACCCGGUCCAACUCAACCUGCUUUACGUACAGGCUCGGGACGACAUCCUGAACGGUUCUCACCCUGUAUCAUUCGAGAAGGCCUGUGAGUUUGGAGGGAUUCAGGCUCAGAUCCAGUUUGGACCUCACAUAGAGCACAAACACAAACCUGGUUUCUUAGAUCUGAAGGAGUUUCUACCCAAAGAAUACAUCAAACAGAGAGGAUCUGAGAAGACGAUAUUCCAGGACCACAAAGACUGUGGAGAAAUGACAGAGAUCGAAGCCAAAGUGAAAUAUGUGAAACUGGCUCGAUCUCUGCGGACGUACGGCGUCUCCUUCUUCCUGGUCAAGGAAAAGAUGAAGAGUAAGAACAAGCUGGUGCCGCGGCUCCUGGGCAUCACCAAAGAGUCGGUGAUGAGAGUGGAAGAGAAAACCAAAGACGUGGUUCAGGAGUGGCCACUCACCACAGUGAAGAGGUGGGCGGCGUCGCCCAAGAGCUUCACCCUGGACUUCGGGGAGUACCAGGAGAGCUACUAUUCGGUGCAGACCACUGAAGGGGAGCAGAUCUCGCAACUCAUCGCCGGCUACAUCGAUAUCAUCCUGAAAAAGAAGCAAAGCAAGGACCGUUUUGGAUUGGAAGGCGACGAGGAGUCGACCAUGUUGGAGGAAUCUGUAUCACCGAAAAAGUCCACCAUCCUUCAGCAGCAGUUCAACCGCGUGGGCCGGGUGGAGCACGGCUCUGUGGCGCUCCCAGGGGUGAUCCGCUCCGGCUCCAUCGGCACAGAGUCGCUCAGCAUGGGCACCAUGCCUUCUGCUCAGCAGCAGAUCACCAUGGGUCAGAUGCACCGUGGGCACAUGCCACCACUGAGCUCAGCACAGCAGGCUCUGAUGGGAACCAUCAACACCAGUAUGCAAGCAGUGCAGAAAGCCCAGAUCGACCUGGGAGAGGUCGACAACCUGCCACCACUGGGACAGGACAUGGCAUCAAAGAUGUGGAUCCAGAACAAGAUGGAUGAAUCAAAACACGAGAUCCACUCGCAGGUGGACGCCAUCACUGCAGGAACGGCGUCUGUGGUCAACCUCACGGCUGGCGAUCCCACUGACACAGACUACACGGCGGUGGGCUGCGCCAUCACCACCAUCUCCUCCAACCUGACUGAAAUGUCAAAGGGUGUGAAGCUGCUGGCUGCGCUGAUGGAGGAUGACGUGGGCGGAGGAAACAACCUGAUGAAGGCCGCCAGGACGCUGGCGGGGGCCGUGUCUGACUUGCUGAAGGCUGUGGAGCCGGCCUCUGGAGAGCCCAGACAGACCGUGCUGACAGCAGCAGGCAGCAUCGGCCAGGCCAGUGGAGACCUCCUGCGCCAGAUUGGAGAGAGCGAGACAGACGAGAGGUUCCAGGACAUCCUGAUGAAUCUGGCCAAAGCGGUGGCCAACGCUGCAGCCAUGUUGGUGCUCAAGGCCAAGAACGUGGCCCAGGUUUCUGAGGACACUGUGCUGCAGAACCGGGUCAUUGCGGCCGCCACCCAGUGCGCCCUGUCCACCUCCCAGCUGGUGGCAUGUGCCAAGGUGGUGAGUCCCACCAUCAGCUCCCCAGUUUGCCAGGAGCAGCUAAUUGAAGCAGGAAAGCUGGUGGAUCGCUCGGUGGAAAGCUGCGUGCAGGCCUGCCUCUCGGCCACAGAGGAUGGCGAGCUCCUUAAACAGGUGAGUGCUGCGGCCAGCGUGGUGAGCCAGGCUCUGGGAGAUCUGCUCCAGCACGUCCGCCAGUACACCUCGAGGGGAGAGCCAAUCGGGCGCUAUGACCAGGCCACGGACACCAUCAUGACUGUCACUGAGAGCAUCUUCUGCUCCAUGGGAGACGCAGGAGAGAUGGUCCGUCAGGCCCGGGUCUUGGCUCAGGCCACCUCAGACCUGGUGAACGCCAUGAGGUCGGAUGCCGAGGCCGAGGUGGAUGUUGACAAUUCGAAGAAGUUACUGGCAGCUGCUAAACUGUUAGCUGACGCCACUGCGAGGAUGGUGGAGGCAGCAAAGGGGGCUGCGGCGUACCCGGAGAACGAGGAUCAGCAGCAGAGACUGAGGGAGGCCGCGGAGGGUCUGCGUGUGGCCACCAAUGCCGCAGCUCAGAACGCCAUCAAGAAGAAACUGAUUAACAGACUGGAGAAUGCUGCUAAACAAGCCGCGGCUGCAGCCACACAGACCAUCGCUGCUGCUCAAAACGCUGCUGCAUCCAACAAGAACACGGCAGCUCACCAGCAACUGGUGCAGAGCUGUAAGGCAGUGGCGGACCACAUUCCACAGCUCGUCCAGGGAGUACGUGGGAGUCAGGCCAAACCGGAGGACCUCAGUGCACAACUCGCCCUCAUCAUUGCCAGUCAGAACUUCUUACAGCCCGGUAGUAAGAUGGUGACCUCGGCCAAGUCCUCUGUUCCCACGGUAACGGAUCAGGCCGCAGCCAUGCAACUGGGUCAGUGUGCUAAGAACCUGGCUACCUGCCUGGCUGAGCUGAGGACGUCUGCACAGAAGGCUCAUGAUGCUUGCGGCCCCAUGGAGAUUGACUCUGCACUCACAGCCAUCCAGACCCUGAGAAGUGAGCUGCAAGAUGCCAAGAUGGCUGCUGUUAAUGCCCAGCUGAAACCACUACCUGGAGAAACGUUGGAGAGGUGCGCUCAGGAUCUGGGCAGCACCUCCAAGUCAGUGGGGUCGUCCAUGGCUCAGCUCCUCACCUGUGCUGCACAAGGAAACGAACACUACACAGGAAUAGCAGCCAGGGAGACGGCUCAGGCCCUGAAAACUCUGGCCCAGGCAGCUCGUGGCGUCGCCGCUUCCACCACUGACCCCAAGGCUGCAGCCGCCAUGCUGGACUCCGCUCGUGAUGUCAUGGAGGGCUCGGCGCUCCUCAUUCAUGAGGCCAAGGAGGCGCUGAUUUCCCCCGGAGAUGCGGAGAGCCAGCAGAGGUUGGCACAGGUGGCCAAGGCCGUGUCUCAUUCCCUGAACAACUGCGUCAACUGUCUGCCCGGCCAGAAGGAUGUGGACAUGGCUCUAAAGAGCAUCGGGGAGGCCAGCAAGAAGCUGCUGAUCGAAACAGUUCUUCUGGCCUCCAAGUCAUUUCAGGAGGCUCAGUGUGAUUUGAACCAGACAGCAGCAGAGCUGAACCAGUCAGCAGGCGAUGUGGUCCACGCCUCCAGAGGCUCCAGCAGCCAGCUGGCAAUGGCCUCUGGGAAGUUCAGUGAAGACUUUGAUGAGUUCCUGGAUGCUGGAAUCGAGAUGGCUGGCCACACUCAGAAAAAGGACGACCAGGUGCAGGUGAUCGGGAACCUGAAGAACAUCUCCAUGGCUUCUAGCAAACUGCUGCUGGCUGCUAAGAGUCUGUCUGUGGACCCUGCAGCCGCUAACGCUAAGAACCUGCUCUCUGCUGCUGCAAGAGCAGUGACUGACAGCAUUAACCAGCUGAUCACACUGUGUACACAGCAGGCUCCUGGACAGAAGGAGUGUGACAACGCCCUCAGAGAGCUGGAGGCUGUCAGAGGAAUGCUGGACAACCCCAACGAGCCCGUCAGUGACCUCUCCUACUUUGACUGCAUUGAGAGUGUGAUGGAGAACUCCAAGGUCCUCGGAGAGUCCAUGGCAGGCAUUUCUCAGAACUGUAAGACCGGUGAUGUGCCUGCGUUCGGAGACUGUGUGGGAUCUGCCUCUAAGGCUCUGUGUGGCCUCACUGAAGCUGCAGGACAGGCCUCCUACCUGGUGGGUGUGUCUGAUCCCAACAGUCAGGCAGGACACCAGGGGCUCGUCGAUCCCAUCCAGUUCGCCAAAGCCAAUCAGGCAAUCCAGAUGGCCUGUCAGAAUCUGGUUGACCCAGGCAGCAGUCCCUCCCAGGUGCUCUCUGCAGCCACCAUUGUUGCUAAGCACACCUCAGCCCUGUGCAACGCCUGCCGUCUGGCCUCCUCCAGGACGACCAACCCGGUCGCCAAGAGGCACUUUGUCCAGUCGGCCAAAGAGGUGGCGAACAGCACCGCCAACCUGGUCAAAACCAUCAAGGCCUUAGAUGGGGAUUUCUCAGACGAGAACAGGAACAAGUGCCGAUUCGCCACGGCUCCGCUCAUCGAGGCCGUGGAAAACCUGACCGCGUUUGCUUCCAACCCGGAGUUUGCCAGCAUCCCUGCUCAAAUCAGCCGGGAGGGCUCUGCCGCUCAGGAGCCCAUCCGCCAGUCAGCAUGCUCCAUGCUCGACAGCUCCACCCACCUGCUCAAGACCGCGCGCUCGUUGGUCAUCAACCCCAAAGACCCGCCCACCUGGUCCGUUCUGGCGGGUCACUCCCGCACUGUCUCCGACUCGAUCAAGAGUCUUAUCACAGCCAUCCGUGACAAGGCCCCGGGCCAGCGGGAGUGCGACUUCUCCAUUGAUAACAUUAACAAAUGUAUCCGGAACAUUGAGCAGGCCUCUCUGGCAGCGGUCAGCCAGAACUUAGCCAGCAGGGACGACAUCUCACUGGAAGCGCUACAAGAGCAGCUGACGUCCACUGUGCAGGAAAUUGGCCACCUAAUUGACCCCAUUUCCACUGCUGCCAGAGGCGAAGCCUCCCAACUAGGACACAAGGUGAUCCAACUGGCCCGAUACUUUGAGCCACUGAUCAUGGCCUCUGUGGGCGUGACGUCCAAACUGAGAGACCACCAGCAGCAGAUGACUUUCCUGGACCAGACUAAGACCCUGGCUGAGUCCGCCCUGCAGAUGCUCUACGCCGCCAAGGAGGGCGGAGGAAACCCAAAGGCGUCCCACACCCACGAUGCCAUAGCAGAGGCAGCCCAGCUCAUGAAGGAGGCAGUGGAUGAUAUCAUGGUGACACUGAAUGAGGCCGCCAGUGAAGUGGGAAUGGUGGGAGGAAUGGUGGAGUCCAUCGCAGAGGCCAUGGCCAAGCUGGAUGAAGGUACACCCCCUGAACCUGAGGGAUCAUUUGUGGAUUACCAGACCAGUAUGGUGAAACACUCUAAGGCGAUCGCUGUCACCGCUCAGGAAAUGAUGACCAAAUCGGUGACGUGCCCAGACGAGCUGGGAGCACUGGCCUCUCAGGUGACCGUGGACUACAGCCAGCUGGCCGUCCAGGGCCGACUGGCUGCUUACACUGCUGAGCCAGAGGAGAUCGGUUUCCAGAUCAAGACUCGGGUGCAGGAGCUGGGACAUGGCUGUAUCUUCCUGGUCCAGAAGGCCGGAGCUCUGCAGAUCAUCCCCUCCGACAGCUUCACUAAACGGGAGCUCAUCGACUGUGCUCGUGCCGUCACAGAGAAGGUCUCCCUGGUGCUCUCAGCCCUCCAGGCGGGCAACAAGGGCACACAGGCCUGCAUCACGGCAGCCAGCGCUGUGUCCGGUAUCAUCGCCGACCUGGACACCACCAUCAUGUUCGCCUCUGCCGGCACGCUGAACGCAGAGGAUGACGAGUCCUUCGCUGACCACAGGGAAAACAUUUUGAAGACGGCCAAAGCUCUGGUGGAGGACACAAAGAUGCUGGUGUCCGGCGCAGCCUCCGGCCAGGACAGGUUGGCACAGGCCGCCCACUCCUCUGCUAAAACCAUCACCCAGCUCACAGAUGUGGUCAAACUGGGAGCUGCAAGCAUCGGCUCGGACGACCCUGAGACGCAGGUGGUUCUGAUAAACGCUGUCAAAGAUGUGGCCAAGGCGCUGGCCGAGCUCAUUAGUGCCACCAAGUGUGCUGCUGGCAAAGCAGCAGACGAUCCGUCUAUGUACCAGCUGAAGAGCGCUGCCAAGGUGAUGGUGACCAACGUCACGUCUCUGCUGAAGACAGUUAAGGCCGUGGAGGACGAGGCCACACGGGGAACCAGAGCCCUGGAGGCCACAAUCGAGUGCAUCAAACAGGAAAUGGCGCUGUUUCAGUCCAAGGACGCUCCCAACAAGACGACCACACCCGAGGAGUUCAUUCGCAUGACUAAAGGCAUCACCAUGGCAACUGCCAAGGCUGUGGCUGCAGGCAACUCGGCCCGGCAGGAGGACGUCAUCCAUACGGCCAACCUCAGCCGCAAAGCCAUUUCAGACAUGCUCACCACCUGCAAGCAAGCGGCCUACCAUCCAGAGGUCAGUGAGGAGGUGAAGAACAGAGCACUGAUGUUUGGAGCAGAGUGUACAACUGGCUACAUCGACCUGCUGGAACAAGUCCUGCUGCUCUUGCAGAGGCCCACUGUAGAGCAGAAGCAGCAGCUGGCGGCCUGCUCCAAACGAGUGGCAGGCGCCGUCACGGAGCUCAUCCAAACGGCAGAGGCCAUGAAAGACGGAGGUUCCGAGUGGGUGGACCCAGAGGACCCAACGGUUAUCGCAGAAACGGAGCUGCUUGGAGCGGCAGCGUCCAUCGAAGCGGCAGCGAAGAAGCUGGAGCAGCUCAAACCCCGAGCCAAGCCCAAGCUAGCGGAUGAGACGCUGAACUUUGAGGAGCAGAUCCUGGAGGCAGCCAAGUCCAUCGCCGCAGCCACCAGCGCUUUGGUCAAAUCAGCCUCUGCUGCUCAGAGAGAGCUGGUGGCUCAGGGAAAAGUGGGCUUGAUCCCUGCUAAUGCUGUGGACGAUGGCCAGUGGUCCCAGGGACUCAUCUCUGCAGCACGUAUGGUAGCAGCAGCGACCAGCAACCUGUGUGAGGCAGCCAACGCCUCGGUGCAGGGUCACGCCAGCGAGGAAAAGCUCAUCUCCUCAGCCAAGCAGGUGGCUGCGUCCACGGCUCAGCUGCUGGUGGCCUGUAAGGUGAAGGCUGACCAGGACUCGGAGGCCAUGAGGAGACUGCAGAUUGCUGGAAACGCUGUGAAGAAAGCAUCAGACAACUUGGUGCGGGCUGCUCAGAAGGCAGCAUUCGACAAAGCAGAUGAAGACAAUGUGGUGGUCAAGACAAAGUUUGUGGGUGGAAUAGCACAGAUUAUUGCGGCCCAGGAGGAGAUGCUGAGGAAGGAGAGGGAACUGGAAGAAGCCAGGAAGAAACUGGCUCAGAUCAGGCAGCAGCAGUACAAGUUCCUGCCCAGCGAACUACGAGAGGACAACAACUAAUGACUCAACCUCUGCGUCACUGCUGCGUACAGAGCAGUGGGAAGAGCACAUAUGUCCAUGUGAACAUGUGUGUUCUGUUAACACUUGGACAGGUAUGUGGCCUACAGCGGCUUCAGAGUCACGUUUGGAGCCCACACAGCACAACGGAAAGAUCUUUUAGCAACCACUGUGGGGAACUGACUACUUUCUGAAAACCAACAUACAGAUUGUGGUGAUUUGCCUGAAGAACUGCCUCAUGUAUAACCUAACCUCUAUGACUGAUGUAAUCUGAACCAGAAUGUGACGUGCUGAGGACAAAGCUCAUACACUCUCAUCUUUGUCCAGAAGCGACACUUUCCUUAUUCCGUUUUACAAAUUUUCAGCUCAAGCUCACAAACUUUUUAAGAUGAUGAAUUGAUUGUAUCGCCGCUCAUGUCGUAUACAGCGGUAUAACUGCAACGCUACGUGCAGAGCAAAAAUAUUUCACCUCGGUACACUGAUGUUUUAUGAAUGUUGGCCUUUUAUGCUCCAAUUCGGCACCUUAAUAUCUGUUGUAAUCACAUGACCUCGGUGUGUGUUGACGUUAAUUCUGUGGUCACUAACCUGAAUAUGAAGGAAGGCAGUUCGGAGUUUUCCUUUAAACACUUGUAAAAGCAUCUUUCUUUCUUAACUUUUUUAAUGCUGGUGUUAUAUGGGCUCUACAUGCAGAGUUUUGUCCGUGCCCGUGAAUAUAGGUGUCAUCAUGUGCGGCCACUGAGACUCGAGGAGAAUCGUGUUACUAUGUGAAAGCUUUUCCACACUGGACGAAUUAUUACCAUAGAAGGAAUAUUUAUUACUCGUGAGUAUUUUUUAGCAGAGAGGGGGCGCAGAGAUAAUCUCAUUUAUUUACCAUCUCAUGUCAUGUGAUAUUCCCUAAUAUAACAUAUAUUUUUAAAUUCCUCAUCAUGCCAGGUAUUGAGACGUCCACACAGUAUAAACAGAAUUUGAUCAUGAUGCAAUAACACGGGUGGUGCUGAAGGGGGCGCUGCUGGCUUCCUUUACACCUUGCAAACUUAAAGUAAUAAUAAAGGAGAGGAUAGUAACUCGGAGCUUAGUUUACUUUUAAGAUUGUGUUUAGAGUAAUCUGCGACAACACCCUGCAUAUGAAGGAUAGCUGUAAAUACCUCAGACCUCUUGAAUCAGUUGCCGUGCUUCUUCUAUGCGCCUUGUGCUUUGUCUGAUGGUGACGACGCCCAGCAGAAAAACUUCCCUCCUUUUAUUUUCCUCUCCCAUUGAUAGGAAAUUAUUACAGUAGUUUAAUUUGUGUUCCCCCAGCAAUACUAGAUCACUGCCAGGGAUUGAUCUGAGUCAAUUCACCUCCAAUUCUGCGGGUUCAGGAAGAAGUCAAAUCAAAAUUUGGAAAUAAAUUUGCAAUAAGCGAAUAACUCUUGUAAGAAUUGAGGUUAAACUGAGUGAACUGAAAGUGAAGUGACACUAAUGGCUGCAGUUAAACUUUUCCUUUUUUUUUUUGUCCGUCCCGAUCUAAAGGUGCUUCUGUGUAACUUACUACUCGCUGCAAUAGAAGAACUUCUUUUGUUUACUGAGUUUGAUUGUAGUGUGUUUGGUUUCCCUCGUCUUACUAUAUAUGGGCUGUGUUUUCUCAAUAUUAAAGGACAGUAUAUUGUAUCGUGAAGAUUCGCUCCUGCUGUGAAACUGCAUGGCUUUGUGCUUCAGUUGCAUCUCACUUUGUUUAUACAGCGACAGAGAUAAACUUUUGAAGGAUGCACUGAGCAAUCGCAGAGACAUCUCACCACGGUGAGCAGGUUGAAUCCAGAGGUGUUUUCUGGCAUUGUGUUUUGUGUGUUGGAGUGGGGGUGGGAGGGGAAUAUUCACUACUCAUCAGUCAAGUCCGUAGAGUUUUAUGAUUAGUGCCUUAGUCCGUAGCCCAUACAGUGUCUGGUCCGCUCCGAGCGGGCAGCUUCACCUCAUCGGUCAGUAGAAGGUCCAGGACGAGCUGUUUGUUUUGGGAAUGCAGGUUUAUGUUUGUGGGUUUUCUAAAACGUGAUGCCCCCCUUUGUUAUUGUACUGUUCCUCUUAAAGUGCUGAACCAAGUGCAUCCCCUUUAUCUCUCUCUUCUCUCUGCCGCAUGUAAAGCCUUUGGGGGAUGACAGAGGAACUGUCAGCCAGUCAAAAAAUGUGCACCAUCAGUAUGUAUAUUAUAUAUAUAAGUAUAUAUAUGCACACAUUUUUUGUACUGGAUUCCAUGGGCAUGUACCACAGUGCUUCUAAACUACGACAGACUGCACUCUCAGGUCUGUCAACUGCUUUAUUGUACGUUAUGACGUUUUUUGGAUGGGCUUUUUUUUUCCUUUGUGCUUUUAAGCCUCUUUGAAAGAUAAAUGUGAUAAGAACAUUUGGAUAUAUCUGUCACCAUUAAGAUCAUGAUGUGGAGUAUUUGAAGUGUUCUGUAUGUUUCCUCUCCUUAACAGAAAUACGGCUAUGAAGUUAGGACGAUUAAGAUAAGUGGUAACAUACGAUAUAAAAGAUAUUUAUCUGGCCUCAAUAAAACUAUUUUUUGUAUUCACUGAAAAAUAAAGCAUUUCGAUGGAAA